CCGUUAACAAGAGCGUGGCUGUGGUUCCCGUUCUUAUCCCGCGGCUACGUCGUCGAUCAUCUCUCCCCUCAAUUUCUAGGGUUUCUCUGCGUUGCGGCGAAAAUCCUAGCGAGAAAUGGGGUCAAUCUGUGCUCCUCCUUCCUCACUCCUCACCAGAACCCUAGUUUCAUGUCCUUUCCUAUCCUUCCGCAGUCAGAGUCCGACAGUCUUCUCUUGUAAACGGCUGAGAACGAGGUUGCAGGAGUCUAGCCCGAGGGUUUCAAUUAGUCCCCCUCCUCUAGAUUUCGACUAUAGAUUGGAAUUCUUGCCCGAAUCGAAAUCCGAGGUCGCCGAGCUUCACCCAAGGCUGCUUGAUCUGGUGGAACGCGGGAGGCUGGUCCUCGUGAAGAAGUCGCGCCUUGGCUCGAGAAGGGGGGAUGGUUUCGUGGAGCCGGAGAUGAUCUGGAUCAUUGGGGUCAAUCACGUGGACGCAGAGUCGGCGGCGGAUGUCGAGCGCGUGGUGAAGACGGUGAGGCCGGAUAAUGUUGUUGUCGAGCUAUGCAGAAGCAGAGCUGGAAUAAUGUUCACUACCCCUGCAUCUGGUGCUGAUGAAGCUGUUUCAAUGAAAUCAAACAUGUUUUCUUUGAGUGGACAGAGGUUUUUUGGUGACAUAGGCAGGAGCUUGAGUUUGGGUGGUCAGUCUGCUCUUGCUCUGCGUCUGCUUUUUGCAAUGUUCUCUUCUAAAAUUUCUUCAUCUGCAGGCAGAUCUUUUGGGGAUGAGUUUCGUGCAGCUCGCAGUGCAUCUGAAGAGAUUGGAGCCCAGAUAGUUUUGGGUGAUCGGCCGAUUGAAAUAACACUUGGGCGUGCAUGGCGAUCUCUCAAGUGGGAUGAGAAAUUGAAGCUGCUUAAGAUACUAUUCCAAGGCAUAAGUUCUUCAAAUUUGGAGCUAACUGAAAGAGUCAAUGAGGAUCUUCAAGCACCUGAUAGCCCAUCUCAACUUUACAAAAAAUUGAGCUUGUGUUUCCCUUCACUUCUGCAACCUCUCAUGUACGAGCGUGAUGUUUAUCUUGCCUGGUCACUGAAGCGGAGCAAAGCUGUCAAUAACUGUAAACAAGUAGUUGGGGUCAUUGGAGAGAGCCAUAUGAAUGGAGUCAUCCAUGCAUUAGCAAGUGAUCAGGGGCAGUUGCGAUUCCGUGAUCUUGUUGGAGGAAAAUGGCCUGCCUCAAGUGCGAAAGGUUGGCUCGACACAUUUUUGAAAGGUUUAGUUCGAGAUACAGUCAUUGGCAUAGUGAUAUGGGUUCUUUUUGAAAAAUUAAAAGCUGGAGGAUUGGUGGACUCUGCACUGAGAUAACAUUGGCCUUACAGGAAGAUCAAGCAAAAUGUCAAAUGAGAGAUAAAAAUGUGAAUGUUUAGCUAAGGUUCGUGGAAUGAACCAGCAACAAAAUUUAUUCCCAAACAUUGUAAUAUGUGCACAUUCACGUCAGAAUAUAGAUAGAUCCUGAACCUGCUCA